AUGGCUAAGCCACACGCCACGCUGAUUUUCUCUCGGCAUGGAGAGUCCCAAUGGAACGUUGAUAACAGGUUUACUGGAUGGGUAGACGUCGAUCUGUCUGCAAAAGGCUUGGGCGAAGCCAAAAGCGCGGGCACCUUGCUGAAGUCCGAAGGCCUCAAGGUGGACAUGGCGUUCACCUCAUACCUGAAGCGAGCAAUCAAGACUUGCGAUUUGGCAUUGGAAUCUGCUGACCAAUUGCAUGUGCCAGUGGAGAAGAGCUGGCGACUGAACGAGCGCAUGUAUGGUGGCCUCACUGGGCUGGACAAGAAGGAGACCGUGAAGAAACACGGAGCUGAGCAGGUCCAAGUUUGGCGACGUAGCUUUGACGUUCCGCCGCCGCCCAUUGAUGAUGAUAGCGAAUUCAAUCCUGCCAAGGAGAAGAAGUAUGCUGCCCUCAACAAGGCAGACAUUCCCAAGACUGAGUGCCUCAAGGAUACGAUUGCACGGGUGAUGCCAUUCUGGGAAUCCACAAUCGCACCAGAGCUCAAAAAAGGAAAGACCGUUUUUGUAGCGGCGCACGGAAACUCCAUCCGUGCUAUCCUCAAGUUCUUGGAGGGCAUCUCUGAUGAUGACAUCACAGGGCUCGAGAUCCCAACGGGGCGUCCGCUGAUGUAUAGCCUGGAUGCGGAUUUGAAGCCGAUUGCAAGUGCAGAUGCCAUUGCGCCGCUGAAAUUUGGAAAGUACCUCGGCAACCUUGAUGAGAUCAAAGCGGCUGCAGAAGCUGUGAAGAACCAGACGAAAGUUGCCGCACCAGCAGGUGCCCCCGCUGCCCCUGACUCGAAGACCAUCAUGGCUGUCAAAGCACGAGAGAUCUUUGACUCGCGUGGAAACCCCACGGUCGAGGUGGACCUUUGCACCGGGACUGCCUUAUUCCGUGCUGCCGUGCCCAGCGGCGCCUCAACCGGAAUUUAUGAGGCUUUGGAACUGCGGGAUGGUGACAAAGGCCGAUUGCUGGGCAAGGGUGUGCUGAAAGCGGUUGCGAACGUAAACGACAUUCUUGCCCCAAAGCUUCUUGGCAUGGACGUCACCGACCAAAGCAGAAUUGACAAGCUCAUGGUGGAAGAGAUUGAUGGCUCCAAGAACGAGUGGGGCUGGAGCAAAUCCAAAGUUGGUGCCAAUGCCAUCUUGGCUGUUUCCAUGGCUGUUUGCCGUGCUGGUGCAGCUGCAAGUGGCAUGCCGCUUUAUCAAUACAUAGCCAAGAUCUCUGGCAAGAGCACUGACAAGUUCGUGAUGCCAGUGCCAUCGUUCAACGUCAUCAACGGCGGCAGCCAUGCCGGGAAUCGCUUAGCAUGCCAGGAGUUUAUGAUCCUGCCGGUGGGAGCAGCGUCUUUCAAGGAAGCCAUGGUGAUCGGAGCUGAAGUCUAUCACAACUUGAAGAGCGUUAUCAAGAAGAAGUACGGGCAAGAUGCCUGCAAUGUCGGUGAUGAAGGUGGCUUUGCGCCCAAUGUGCAAGACAACAAUGAGGCCCUUGAUGUUUUGAUGGAGGCUAUUGAGAAGUCAGGCCACAGUGCCAAGGUCAAGAUCGGAACGGAUGUGGCAGCCUCUGAGUUCUACAGCGCAGAAGCCAAAACAUAUGACUUGGAUUUCAAGAACCCGAGCAGCCCUGCAGAAAUGAAGAAGAGUGCUCAGCAGCUGGCUGAAUACUACAAGGCAUGGCUGGAUAAGUACCCCUUCGUGUCCAUUGAGGACCCAUUUGACCAGGAUGACUGGGAUGCGUACAAGCACUUCAUGUCAGAGGUUGGACCACGGGUUCAAAUUGUUGGCGAUGACCUCCUUGUGACAAACCCAACACGCGUCAAGAAGGCCCUGGAAGUUGGAGCUUGCAAUGCGCUUCUCUUGAAGGUGAAUCAGAUUGGGUCAAUUACGGAGGCAAUCGAGGCGGCCACAAUGUCGCAGAACGCUGGCUGGGGUGUCAUGGUGUCCCACCGGUCUGGCGAGACUGAGGACUCCUUCAUCGCAGACCUCGUCGUAG